CAAGUGAAACUGGAAGAGCAACAGGCACCAGAAUUUUGCAAGUUCGGAAUGUCCUUCCUAUAAGCUUUCAAAAACUAACCUAGAGUCAUCCAGUUCAGUAUUAUUUUCCUCGGUUUAAACUGUGGAAACAUACCGAAAGUGCAGAACAUGACGGUGUUUCGGAGGUUUACAGCAGGAACGUGUUGGUUUGUUAGAGGUGGAUGUAAACUGGAUUGGCGUUUCUCUUCACUUCACAGCUCUGCACAGAAGCAAUCCUAUGGAUCAGACAGCAGUACACACUGUAUGAGGCUUAUUAACACUGCACACAGGAGAGCUUUCUGCACUGAGGGACCCAGAGACGUUACUGAAGUGGAUUUGAGUCGCCUAGAAGGUGAAAACAAUGGCAUUGUGGAGGUCCUGAUGUGUCGGGAGCAGAAACGAAACUCUUUAGGCCGUGUAUUUGUGGCUCAGAUGCGAGAGUUGGUGUCAGGCCUGCAUCAUGACUCAGACGUCCGUGUAUUGAUCUUCAGGAGUCUGGUGCCUGGAGUCUUUUGUGCAGGGGCAGAUCUGAAGGAAAGGUCAGAGAUGGAUAACUCAGAUGCUGAACUGUUUGUGCAUGGUCUCCGCUCUCUAAUGAAUGAGAUAGCUGCGUUACCCAUGCCAACCAUCGCCGCAGUAGACGGCUUUGCCCUGGGGGGCGGGCUGGAGCUGGCACUUGCAUGUGACCUCCGCACGGCGGCACACACAGCACAGAUGGGCCUGAUAGAGACGACACGAGGACUGCUCCCAGGGGCAGGUGGAAGUCAACGUUUACCUCGGACUGUGGGCUUUGCCGUGGCCAAGGAGCUGAUUUUUACAGGGCGGCGUGUGAAUGGGCAGCAGGCUCUAGAGCUCGGCCUGGUCAAUCGUACUGUUCCACAGAACCAGAGCGGGGAUGCGGCGUAUAGAGAAGCUCUGAACCUGGCCAGAGAAAUUCUUCCUCAGGCUCCAAUUGCAGUCAGGAUGGCCAAGGAGGCCAUGAAUCGAGGAAUAGAGGUGGACAUUGCCUCAGGAAUGGCUAUUGAGGGCAUGUGCUAUGCUCGGGUUAUUCCAACACGAGACAGGCAAGAAGGAAUGGCUGCUUUUAUAGAGAAGAGACCUCCCAGAUACACUGGAGAAUAACCACAAACAGAUAACCCAGGAAACACUAACACUGUUAUUGGAAGUAAAGCCUGUUACUGGGUUCUUGAACUAUUUUUAAAUAUCAAAACACAUACCUUAAAAUAAAAACAUAACACUUACAAAAUAAGUCAUAUAAGGCCAGCAGUCAUCUCCAACAAGAUAACAUCUGAAGAAACCAAGAUUAAAAAAAAAAAGAAUCUUCUAAUGGUUUAGGCUUGGAGCACAGAAAAUCACUAUGUCUGUUAUGUAAAUAUUGCCUUUUUGUCAUAAUCAUGAAUGUAAGCUUCCAUGGCUUAGAAAAAAAUGCCAGAUGGUUGAAAGUAUAUAUUGACAAUUUAUUUUUUUAUUUAAAACACAGUGUUCAGUUAAGACAGAUGAUGAUGUCUCUGUAAAAGGAAAUAACAGUGAUGUCAAUGCUUAUUAAUAGAGAAAACCAUACAGUUUCAGUAAAUACAUGCUAACAUAAAUAGCAACCUAAGUAAGAAAUAACACUAUAAUUUGUAUUGCUAAUCAGUGAGCUGUCAGCUGUACGAAAGGAUGCAAAACAUGUGUCAGUGUAUUAAAACACAGUGGAGAGAACUGUGUCAAACAAUAAGACCAUUUCUGAAAGAAUCUUUUUGAAGACUUGGCUUGUUUACUAAAGUUGAGAUGUUGUUUUGUUAGCAUUUUAGAUUACAAACAUUACACAGGAGUGUGUUUUAGAAAAAAAACCUGGUGAAUAGUUACAUAAACAUGGUGGCUAAGUGGGUAGCACUGUCGCCUCACAGCAAGAAGGUGUCUGCGUGGGUUUCCUCCGGGUGCUCCAGUUUCCUCCCACAGUCCAAAGACAUGCAAGUGAGGUGAAUUGGAGAUACUAGAUUGUCCAUGACUGUGUUUGAUAUAACCUUGUGAACUGAUGAAUCUUGUGUAACUAUCUGUCCUGUCAUGAAUGUAAUCAAAGUGUGUAAAACAUGACGUUAAAAUCCUAAUAAACAAAUAAACAAACAUAGCCAUAAACAGUGGAUAAACAUAAGAUUAGGUUGGAAUUCUUUUAACUUUAAACUUUUUAAUUUACUUACAAACUUGUCAAGAACACCUUCAAAUAUUGAUUUCAUCACUUUCUAAGAGACAAUUAUGUUUAAGUAUUCCUUAAUGUGUCAUUUUAUUUCAGGACCACCAUAAUAAAAAAAAACUAAAUGUACAA